UGCGUUCCUACCGUUCGUUGUGCUUCUAUGCUGAUAGCGUUUAACUAGCUUCCGUGCGUCAGAGAAUCGCUAAUAUUUUCCGCAGGCUGCUUGGAUCGAACACAAAGUGCGAGGCUCAACUUGUGCGUACUGGCUUAUUUCCUGAUUUCUUGAGUUCAAGAUUUUUCAAGAUGUCUUUUGUGACUGUGCCAGAAGGAAGUGACUUCACAAUACAGAACUUGCCUUAUGGAGUCUUUUCUACUUGUGAGAAUCCGACACAUCGGAUCGGCGUGGCGAUCGGCGCCAUGGUGCUCGACCUCGGCGUCAUCGCCCAUCUGUUCACGGGGCCGCAGCUGGCCGCACACCAGCAUGUCCUGAAACAGCCAGUUCUGAAUGGCUUGAUGGCACUCUCUCGCGCGGCCUGGAUUGAAGCCAGAUCAACGAUCCAGAGUCUGCUGUCCAAGGAUAGCCAGGUCUUGCAGGGAGAUUCUGCACUGUUGUCAAAAGCGUUGCUGCCUCAGUCCCAGGUCACCAUGCACCUGCCGGCCAACAUCGGCGACUACACCGACUUCUACUCGUCGCUGGACCACGCCACCAACGUGGGCACCAUGUUCCGUGGCAAGGAGAACGCGCUCAUGCCCAACUGGAAGUACCUGCCGGUGGGCUACCACGGGCGCGCCUCCAGCGUGGUCGUAUCGGGCACGCCGGUGCGCCGUCCGCUGGGCCAGACGCGGCCCGCCGACGACCAGCCGCCCACGUUCGGACCCUGCCGGCUCAUGGACUUCGAGCUGGAGAUGGCCUUCUUCUUCGGCGGCGCCGGCAAUGCGCUCGGCGAUCCGGUGCCCAUCGAGCGCGCGCACGAGCACAUCUUCGGCAUGACGCUGAUGAACGACUGGAGCGCACGUGACAUCCAGAAGUGGGAGUACGUACCGCUGGGUCCGUUCACGGCCAAGAACCUGGGCACCUCCAUCUCGCCUUGGGUGGUCACCAUGGAGGCGUUGGCGCCGUUCGUCGUCGACAACUACGUGCAGGAGCCGCAGCCGCUGCCCUACCUCAGACAUGACGACAAGUACUCCUUCGACAUCAAGCUGGAGGUGGCCAUCAAGCCGGAGGGCGCCGGCGGCGAGUCGGUAGUGUCUCGCUCCAACUUCCGCUACAUGUACUGGACGAUGAAGCAGCAGCUGGCGCACCACGCCGUCACCGGCUGCAACAUGCGGCCCGGCGACUUGCUCGCCUCAGGCACCAUCAGCGGACCGGAGCCGGACUCGUACGGCUCGAUGCUGGAGCUGAGCUGGCGCGGCAGCAAGCCGCUGACGCUGGCUGACGGCGGCUCGCGCAAGUUCCUGCAGGACGGGGACGAGGUCAUCAUGCGGGGGUUCUGCGAGCGGGAGGGCGUGCGCGUCGGCUUCGGCGAGUGCCGGGGCGUCGUGCUGCCGGCCCGCGCGCAGUGACUUGACCCGGCCUGAGGUCACCGGACGCCGCCGGCGCGGCGCCUCCGGCAACUGAGCGCGGCUCGGCGCUCAUAGCGGUGGUGGUGUAAUGGCACCGUGUCCACAACCCGUGCUCGCCAGCGCCGCGGUCCGGCGCGGCCUUCAUGCGGGCCGCAGUCGCGCGAACGCCAUCUACCGGCGUCCUUGCGAGGCGUCAGUGUUGCGCCGAGCCAGCGAUGGCGUAGUAGUCGAGGCUGCGGAUGAAAUAGGUGCAAUACGCGAUAUUUCCUGUCAGCUGGCGUGCGCGGGACCAGCAUGACCUGGUGCCAAACAAAGGGCUUCUGAGGUGGUGGCUGUGACAUACACAUCACAGGUCGUAUGAGCUAACAAUAUCAGUGUGUUUGAUGCAAGAUCUCUAGCGCAGGCUGCGCCAGUAUAAUAAAAUAACAACGUCUUCGUUU